AUGGACGUGGACGUGGACGUGGACAUGGAGGUGGACAUGGACGUGGACAUGGACGUGGACGAGGACGUGGACAUGUACGUGGACGUGGACAUGGACGUGGACGUGGAUGUGGACGUGGACGUGGAGAUGGACGUGGACGUGGACAGGGACGUGGACGUGGACGUGGACGUCGACAUGGACGUGGACGUGGACAUGGACAUGGACGUGGACAGGGACGUGGACGUGGACGUGGACCUCGACAUGGACGUGGACGUGGAGGUGGACGUGGACGUGGACGUGGACGUGGACAUGGACGUGGACGUGGACGUGGACGUGGUCGUGGACGUGGACGUGGACAUGGACGUGGACGUGGACUGGGACGUGGAGGACUUGAACGUGGACGAGGACGUGGACAUGGACGUGGACGUGGACGUGGACAUGGACGUGGACGUGGACGUGGACGUGGACAUGGACGUGGACGUGAACGUGGACGUCGACAUGGACGUGGACGUGGAGGUGGACGUGGACGUGGACGUGGACGUGGACGUGGACAUCGACCUGGACGUGGACGUGGACGUGGACGUGGAUGUGGACGUGGACGUGGAGAUGGACGUGGACGUGGACGUGGACGUAGACGUGGACGUGGACAUGGACGUGGACGUGGACGUGGACGUGGACGUGGAGGUGGACGUGGACAUGGACGUGGACGUGGACGUGGACAUGGACGUGAACGUAGACAUGGACGUGGACGUGGACAUGGACGUGGACAUGGACGUGGACGUGGACGUGGACGUGGGGACAUAG